UCAUGAGUCGACAGUCAGACACAGAUAGCUCCAAAAGGUACCUGAAAAUCCAGACACGAUAAAUUCCUCUGCAAAGCUGCUACCAACGCGCUCUGGUUCUUCUGUAUAUUUCAAUGUAGCCAGCAAAGAACUUCCAGGUUUGGCGAUGGAGAAGCUCCCGCUGCUGCUGCUUGUAGCGAUGGUGGUGCUAGCAGCAGUAGCACUCCCGGUUCUGGGACAAGAAGUAGAAGCUGAGCCCGAGGCGUUCGAUCCAAACGACGACUUCGAGUUCCAGAUGAAGAAGCCGAAAAUUCUCGUCAAAGGCCAUGUUGUCUGUGAUCGAUGCUGGCACGGACGUGUUGGCAACAUGAGCCUCCCUCUCCAUGACGCCGAGGUAGGCAUCAAAUGCGUGGACCUGUAUGGAUUCGUGACCUUCUCCGGCGUUGGAUACACCAACACUCACGGCGUCUUCACCAUUCCCAUGGACGAGAUUCCAGCCAUCUUCGGCGUUAAGGGAUGCAAAGCCAAGCUUCUGCGAGGCCCAAGCACCGGCGACUGCGAUGAGGUGAGCUCCAUGGGAGAUGGUCACACGGGAGCUCCGCUUCUACUCGUCCACAAAUCCCUGCGAGAGGUCGUGUUUACUUCCGGUCCCUUCGCGUGCCGGCCUCUCAAACGUCCGGGAGCUUGCAAAACCGCCGCUGCUCCUCCUCUUCCUCCUCCGCCAGUUUACAAGUACUCGUCACCACCGCCACCGUUCAAGCACGUCCCAAACCAUCAUCCACCCCCGCCAAGCGUUCCCAGCUACCAUUCUCACACUCCUCCGCCUGUUUCUCACCAUCCGCCACCACCAUCUCUACGACCAGUUGCUCCUCCAGUUUCUAAGUCGCCGUUCAAUCCAUACAUUUACAAGUCCCCGCCACCCCCACCACCUCCAGCUCCUGUGAAAUACCAUCAUCCACCUCCGGCUCCAAUCCACUUCCGCAAAACUCCUCCUCCGCAGAUCCAUCCUUCACCACCUCCUGUAACUUCUCACAAGUAUCCGCCUCCAAUGGCACCUCAGAAGCCAUUACCACCACCUCCUGUAGCUUCUCACAAGUAUCCGCCUCCAAUGGCACCUAAGAAGCCAUCGCCACCACCAAGUAGCAAGCCGCCACCUCCAAAAUCAUCACCUGGGCCUGUUACAAAGCUUCCACCUCCACUUUUCUACCACUCUCCUCCACCACCACCUACGUAUCAUAAUCGAUCUCCACCACCUGUUCCUGCCAAGUCUCCUGUUCAAGUGCCACCUCCUCAUGCCUACAAGUACUCUUCGCCUCCGCCGCCACCGAGAAGCAUCACCUGGGAUUUCGGAGUCAAGCGAGGAAAGUUAGCCAUAGAUGCCUCUGAAUUGCCAGAGGAAGAUAUAAACGACUGAAGUACCUCGAAAGAUGACCCGGCUUGGAGUAAGCUAUGCACAGCUGAGAGGCCGAGAACACCGAUAAAAAUUUAGUUCUUUGGAGUUUGAUAAAGCUUUGAACAAAAUGCUUGUUCAAAGACUUGCGUACCUCUGCAACUGUGAGACACUUGAAUUAUUUACAAAUGCUUCCUACAUCCUACCUAUCCCGGGAACUUACAGAUCACAAAAACAAAAUGUUGUGACGCAUUUUAUCGCCGUCCGCAGCCAUCACUUGAGGCGAGAGACGAACUGACCAAGAUUAUACUCCUCGUGGUAUAGUGACUGGUCCCAGAGAUCCUCCAAAGAGCUUAGCAUCGACUUGAGUCCUUUGCCGCCUUUCGAGCCACUCGAUCCUGCAGCCUCUUCCUCCUUAUCCUUGCUCGUACCUGGGACAUUAGCCUGGACAAAUACAAACCAGAGAUGUUAGUAGUCAGUGACUGGAAGCCUGUGUGUCUGGGUACCUUCUUCCCGUCAAAGGUAAACAAGUCGAGAAGCUGGCCUGUGUCCAUACUGCUAAUGCUCGCGUUGUCCGCAUUGAUAACCGUGUUCGCAAUGGAAAGCUUGAAGCGUUGAAGGUU